AUGUCUAAUCCGAAACACUUUGACAUUUCUCACUUACCGUCCAUAAAGGCUGGCAUGACGGCCGAGGAAGAAAACACGCAUCGGCGAAAGACGUGUCGCUUUAUUGAAGAAGCAGGACGGAUCCUCAAGCUACCCAAUUUGGCCAAUGCUACCGCCAUGGUCUUUUUUCACCAAUUCUACGCCAAGUACUCCUUCAUGGAACACGAUCGAUUCGAAGUGGCCGUCGCCUGUGUCCUAUUGGCUGCCAAAAUUGAAGAGUCGCCCAAAAAGCUCAUGGAAAUCAUUACCCGAUGUCUCGAAUUGAAACGGGGAGCCGGUAAAGAAAGAGGCGAAGUGGUAUCGGUGGACCCCAAGAGUUCCGAAUUUGUCAAACUCAAAGAAAGCGUCCUUCUGUUGGAACGUGUCGUUCUGCAUACUAUUGGAUUCGAAUUGAGUGUCGACCAUCCCUACAAAUUUCUACCCGACAUUAUUCAAAAACUCACCACGCAAUACGAUCCCUCCAAACGAAAAACCAUGUUUGAAGAACUCAUGGGAUACUCCAUGACAUUUGUCAAGGACUCCAUUCACACCACACUCUGCCUUCAAUUCCCUCCACAACUCAUUGCCACCGCAUGUGUCUACAUGGCGGGACAUUUUGCCAAGGUACAACCCAAAAAAUCUUGGUUGGACGCACUGGGAAUGCACGACAAUGAAGUCGAUGCACUGAGUUCCAUUUGUGGACAAAUUAUGGACUUGAUUGUCGAUCGACGGGGGACUGAUGUCGAAGCAUUCAAGGGAAUUCGGGCCAAUCUAGAACAACUCAAAGGAACAGCAGCAUCUGCUGGGAGUGCCAGUCCAGCGCGAUCUCCCGCCAGUCCCCGACCACCUCCGCCGCCACCGUCCGGUGCCAAACAUAGAGCACCAUCGGAAGACUCGUCGGCGUCAUCGAAACGGCGACGAACCACGUGA